CACACUUACUACCACACCACACCAUCCAUCACCGCUUCUACCUGCUACUCCGAUACGAGGGGGGUUUACACGUUACUUUUCGAAAUACACCAUUGCUAUCUGAAUCAUUUUCCGCAGCGAGGGAAGAUCAAGAGUUUGAGGAACUGAUUGAAUUGAUCAGGAUGCCACGACCAUCGCGCGUUAGCAGGAAACCGCCCGCGGGGAAGGAGGUGGAAAAGGCGAGCAAGAAGGUUGCUACCACUGCCGGGAAGAAGGAAAGGAAGGCAGUUGAGAAAGAAAUAAUUGAAAAGCCAGUAGCACCACCAGCGCGCGCGACAAGGUCGAGAGGCACGGUCGAGGUGGUCAUUGAAACUAGUCAGCCCAGUCAAACCGCCGUUGCAUCUACUCGCACAUCGCCAGAUAGAUUUAAGCCAACAACCACACGACGACGAGGCCAGUCACAACAACCCGUCGCAGCAAUUACUACAUUUCCAGCGGCCCCAGCAGCAGAAACAUCGCCGCCGAAGAGAUCUACGCGUUCUACUGUAAACUUUACCGCUACUUCUACCACCAUUACCAUUGAAGAAGUGAUUCGCAAAACUCCAUCUCCGAAAAAACCUACACGCGCCGCGGCGAAGGUGCCUCUGCAUAAGCAGCAGAAAUCUAACUCCGGUGUCCUAGCUACCCCGCCAAUGCCCGAGAUUACCCCGCUAUCGCCUGAGAUUCAAGUCCCCGCAUCGUCCGACGUCGAGAACCACUCCCCGGCCGGUAGUGCGCACUUCGCAUCUUCGCCCCCAGCGAUCCUAGGCACUGCUCCUUGCGACGACGACGAAGCGGGACCGACCACGCCUACCCAGGCAAGGGGCGGGGACGGGAAGCGGGAAAGGAUUCACCUAGAGUUUGGCGAGGACGAGGGGUACACUCCUCCGCGCGCAAGACCUUCGUCUGCCGAGAGACCUAGAUUGCGGGAAUUGGGUGUUGAGAGUCUGGAGCCGUUGGAUAGGCUGCCCGGGGAUGAUGUUGCCAGUAGUGGCUGGUUUGCAGAGGAUGAUGAGGACCGGCCGGCGAGUCCUACACCUAAGCGCGCGAAUAGAUGGAAACUUAGUCAACUUGCAGAGGAGGAGGAAGAGGAGGCGGAGGCUGGAGAAGAGGCUGAUCUAGAAGAUAAUGAUGGGAUUCCGGCAUAUGCACGGUCGGAACAGCAGCGUAGGAAGAAGCGAUUCGGAUCUCCCUUUCAAUUCCAAAAGGGCAAGAAGGAUGCCCUUCCCCCCACCGCUGCCGUUACUGCUAUCAAGGUAGAAGACAUGGCCUUUGCAAUCUACUCCGAUCCAAACACCCCCUCUCCAACUCUGCCAGAUAACAUCAACGCGCAUGAGCUCGACGAGAUAAUGCGCCCGCCGAUUAGCUCCUCCCCAGCGCAGGAAUCCCCCCGACAUUCCCGAAAGCGCCGCUCUUCAAGCGCGGACGUGAGCUCCGAUGACGAGGAAGGUGACGGGGUAGAAGAACACCACAACCAAACCCGUGGCGGAAAGCGCAGAAAGCAGACCCUCACCAGAUCCAAGCCAGCAGCAGCGCCAAAACCAAAAGUUUUACAAACAGAGGACCUCCGUGGAUUACUCCCUAAGCGCAAAGGCCGGGGCAAACAUGCUGAGAGGGACGAAUUUGGCCUCUCCCCUUCUUCCUCGGAGGGGGAUGGAGAGGAAGACGAACUCAGCAAACCCACAAAACGCAAGUCCAAACCAGCCAAGAAGUCCAAAUCGAAAACGAAGCCCAAGUCCUCCGCCACUACCGCCGCGAAAGUCACAAAAUCAGCUUGGUCCCGCCCCCUCGUCCCCCCCACCACCACCGCCACUACUACUAUUAGAAAGAAGUACGCGCGUAAAUCCACCGGUUCCGAGAAGGAGAAUGAGGCACCGAGAGGGAACAGGAAUAAGAACGACGAUGGCGUUGGGGAGGAGGAUGAGGCGGCGACUACGACGAGUGGGACUGUGGUCGAGGUUGCCGACGGAGUCCUCGGUAAGGAGGGGAGGAAGAAGUUGCGGGACGCGGCGGAGAAGUUCCGCAUCGUAGAUUCUUGGGAGAUGGAUUUUGAGGAUGUUAGUGGGAGUACGAGCGUUUAGUGAGGGUGUUGGCGGCGGUGUGGUGGGGGUACGGGGAGGUUGUUUAGUGGACGUUAGGCUUUUUGGCUUUUUUCUUUUUACUCAUCUUUUUACUCAUCUUUUUUUUUACUCAUUUUUUCUCUCUUUUUUCAAUUGGCUUUCUUGAAUCGUGGUGUGACGGGUCUCGUUUGGCGCAUUAUAUGUCGAUUUGUUUGUCUUCAGUGUCACCGGUAUUUCGUGUAACUUAUUUACUCUUUCCCCGCGGAUCUCAUCGGUAGUCCGGAUCCACCCGUUCAACCCAAAUCAAUCAAUCAAUCAUUACAUCUAAAAGCAAGAGAAAAAGGACACCCACCACACCCAUCAGCGCAUUUACACGGAUCACCGCAUAUCACGCAGAAUAAACCAUAACUGUAUAUUAAUAAAGAUUACUAUCACAAAUCCG